UGGUCAUUGCUUGUCAUUUUGUAUCAGCACUGAAACUGGGCUACGGUGUAAGCGUGAUGUCACACUGGGUAUAAGAUCUGCAGCCAUGCAUUUGACCUCCUGUUAUUGGAUUGAGCCUGUGACCCGUCUCACUGUAAGACCACCUUUUCAGUCAAUCUACCAACCUCAGGAGUAAUGGCGUUCCAGUCAAAUGUGAUCAGCACGCAGCCUCAGGUCUCCGUCACUCAGUACACGGUGUCGUCCGGAUCUUCAGACUGGAGUUCAAACGUGUGCGACUGCUGUGAAGACUGUGGCAUCUGUCUUUGUGCAACGUUCGUCCCCUGUAUCCUGGGCUGCCAGGUGGCUCAGGACCACGGGGAGAGCUGCUGCCUGCCCUGCCUCCCAGGGGCCAUGAUCGCUCUGAGGACCAGCAUCCGCGACAAAUACCACAUCGAUGGCUCUGUGUGUGACGACUGGGUUAUCAUGGGCUGCCUGCCUUUAUGUGGACUGUGUCAGAUGGCUCGAGAGCAGAAGAUGAGAGGAUAGAAAGAUUUUUACAUUAAAACUUAUUUUAAAAUGGCAAAGAAGUGGAAUAUUUGGAAAUUGGCUUACCUUGGUUUGGACAACAUUUCAAUUAAAUCAACAUUGACAUGACCUAGGUACAGCAUUUCCUAAAUAACUAGAAAAGGUUUCAAAGUUAAGAGUAACUGACUGUUAAUACGACUGAAUUGUUGUUUUGUGACUUUAUUAUUCUUUAAUAUGAAUUACAUAUAUAUGUGUUUAAAAAAACAGAGACAUGGGCAGUGAUUAAUUCAGGUAUUCCUCAACUUCUUUACUGAACACUGCAAAUUAAAUGACAUACCAUAGUGACAUUUUGUUCAUGCAAUACUCCUGAGAAAACAUGGCCAAGGAAAUAAAGAACACUGACUUUUCAUUUACUCUAAAUAAGCAAAAUUGGAUUUGUGAAUUUACCAACAUCGUAUGGCUCAGUGGGUAGAGCAGGCGGCCAUAUACUGGGGCUUGAUCCCCAUGCGGUGGACCCGGGUUUGAAUCCGGCCUGGGUCCCUUUGCCGCGCAUCUUCCCCUCUGUCUCCCUGUUUCUGACCUGCACUGUCACUGUAUUAAAAGGCAGUGGUUGCCAAAAAAAAUUCUAGAAGGAAAAAAAACAAAUCCUACUUGAAAUCAUCUAAAUACUAUUUAUCUUGCAUGCAAUGCUCUUCUUCAAUAUUGUAUCAUCAUGUGUUUUCUAAUGUUACACAAAAGUAGAUUUAUAUGAAUGUGAUUCAAGCAACAGUAUUUCAAUUAAAACCUCCUGAGAUUUUAUGGUUGUGACUGAAUAUGGAAGUAAAGAAAGGGUUGUUCCUCUUUUUGAUUCA